UGCAUAUACUGAUUUCUCCCUUACCUGCCUCAGGUGUGACAAGUUUAAAACGAGACGAGAGAAAACAAAUAUGGCGUUGAUGCACAGGUUCCUCUGUUGGAAUCUACGAACAGCAUGCUUUGUGGGCUAUAUUUUUGUGGUGUUUACGGCCACAUUCGCCUUGACUCUGCGACUGGUUGAUCUUAUAGCAACAGGGACGGACUUUGAGAUCAGUAUGGGAUUUAAGACGUUGUGGCGGGCUCACUUCUGGCAGAGUUUCUUGGCGAGUGACAUAGUGCUCACAUUUGGUCAUGUGGUCCUUAUCCUGUACAGUGGCUUCAUGAUUCUACAAACCAUGGAAAGGCAUUUUGUGAUGUACAUGAGAGCUCACAAAAUUUACAUCAUCUAUCUCAUCAUUUACAUCCUUGUCGAGUUCGCAUUUUCUGUUUUCGAGUACACAUUCUACGCCAUGAACACAUUUAGGCUGGCCUUCGUGGUGUUUACCUGGCUGUUCUGGGUGUUCAGGACUCUACUCAAUGUUGUCUUCGUUGUGGUUCUGAUAGCAAGGAGGCAGGAAAUGAACGAACAAAUGGAGAUGGAACUCAGGUUCGCAGGAGAAUCAAAACGAGGCCAUUAUUGAGGUCAAAGGUCAUUAGCUGACACACACACUGACAGUACAUUUAUCCUCCAUGUGCCAUCUAUACCAAGCAAUGUACUACUCUAAAAAUAGAAAUCUCAGCAUUUCACUAUGAUUACUAAAUUUUUAAAUCCAUGUUUGUAUUAUGUUAUUUUAUAUCCAAAAAGAAAAUUAAAUGUAAUUAUAUGGAUUGUUGUUAGGGAAAAUUCAGGAAUUCUGAAAAGAAGAUAUUUUAGAUAGUAAGACCAGUUUUCCCUCAAAACUGUUGUGUGGAGACCAUCAUCUUGAGAUGUUUACAUCCAUUUGUUUAAUACACCUGUGACAAAGUUUACCAAAAUAAAAAUACAUGCAUCAUAUUCCAUAUAAUUGUUUCAUUCAUAAAUAAUGUAUAUCAGAAACCAUCAUCUUUUUGUUGAUGGACAUGUGUAUAUGGACAUGGAUGUGAUCAUCGUUUCUACCAAGAACUCUUUAACCAAGACUUACCACAGCUGUGGAUUGUGUACACUAUGUAUCACAGACCAUUCCACCUCAUUCAUUUGUAAAUAGUUCAUUACUUUUGUACCUCUGUGAAAUCAUGUAUAUAAUUUAAUCAACCAUAUUUUUUAUGAUAAAUAUAUAUAAUGUAAUUUUUAAUAAAUCAUUUCAAAAUGA